AUGUUCGGCACCAAUUUUACUGGCAUUAUCUCUUAUCCUUUUCGCGGUUGGAAGAAAAGUGGAAAGGAAGUUAUUAUUCCGGGAAUUGGCUUUAAAGAUGUCGGGGGUUUGCAGGAAGCCAAGGAGGAAUUAGGGGAAGUAGUUUCCUAUUUUCAUAAUCCGCAGUCCUUUUGGCAACGAGGAGCUAAGGUUCCGAAAGGUGUCUUAUUAGUUGGCCCACCCGGCAAUGGUAAAACUUUAUUGGCCAAAGCUUUGGCUGGUGAAUGUCGUAUGCCUUUUCUUUUUCGUUCUGGUUCCGAAUUUGAAGAAAUGAUGGUCGGGAUGGGAGCCCGGCGGAUGCGGGAACUUUUCAAGCAAGCCCGCAGUUAUCCCCAAGGAUGUAUUAUUUUCAUUGAUGAAAUUGACGCUAUUGGCCGCAAAAGAUAUUCGGCCAAUGCUGGUCAUGCCGAACAAACUUUAAACCAAUUAUUAAGUGAACUGGACGGAUUUCAUCCCCGCGAUAACAUUAUUAUUUUGGCGGCUACUAAUUCCUUAAAUGUUUUGGAUAGUGCUCUGUUACGACCCGGCCGGUUUGACCGCAAAAUUUACAUAUCUCCUCCUAAUUUAAAAGGACGACGAGAGAUAAUUAGGCUUUGUGUUCGCAAACUGCCACUUAAAUAUGAUGUUGAUUUGGAAGAAAUUGCCGCCAUGACUAAGGGUUUGAGCGGAGCCCAAAUUACUAAUAUCUUUAAUGAGGCCUCUAUUUUAAGUAUCCGUCGCGGAGAAAAAUUUAUUGAUUACGAAAUGAUUUUUGAAGCCCACGACCGAGUAUUAAUGGGACCUUCUUUAACUAGUCAAACCUUGACAGUUGCUAAAAAGAGAAUAGUUGCUUAUCAUGAGGCUGGUCAUGCCAUCGUUGGCCUGAGUUUGCCCGAAACAGUGGUCAAAAAAAUCACCAUCAUUCCGCGCUGGUCGGCCGGUGGUCGAGGUAGCGAAGAAUUAGUUUUUGGUCUGGAGUAUAUUACCGUGGGCGCUUACAGCGAUUUUAAACAAGCAACGAGCAUUGUUCGGGAUUUAAUUUUGCGUUAUGGGAUGUCUGAUUUGGGGAUUGUUCCGACUCAAGAAACUUUUUUUUCUAGUGAAGAAAUACCACCAGAAUUGCCGGAAGUAGCCAAGCAAAAAAUCGAGAAAGAACGUGAAAAAAUAAUGAACCAAUGCUGA